AUGAAACAGGCGGCAAGGACUUCAGUCCUAUCUCACACAUGGUAUAAACUUUGGAAAUGUUUUUCUGGCUGUUUAGAUUUCGAGCGUAAAGAUACAAUGCAGCUCAUGUACGAUAAACCCAAGACCUCAGCUCAUGAAACCAGAAAAUUUCAUGAUUGGGUCCGUAAAGUGUUGGACUCACACACAGGUCCAACUGUGGAACGGUUACGGAUCGUUUUCGAUAUGGGCCGUGGUUAUUCAAAGCCCAUAUCAAACUGGAUCGCCUUUGCCAUCCGUAAGAACGUUCGAAUCUUUGAACUGGAUCUCACAAAGGUUGAAGGAUGCCGCUCAGGCUCCCGUGUUAAUGUCUGCGAAUUCCCGUCCGAUUUGUUAUUGGAUGAAAAUCGUUCUCUUCCAUUUCCCAUCUUUGGCAGGCUGACCAGUUUAUGCUUGAGAUCGAUUUCUGUUUCGGAUUCCGAUAUCGAAUUCUUCUUGUCCAAAUGUUUGUUGCUUGAGGAAUUGGUUGUGGAAGAUUCGUCGUCUCUUCAAAACGUGAGAGUUUCAGAUGAUCAUCAAACACAUAAAUUGAAGCACAUGGAAAUCGGGCACUGUGGGAAGUUGGAUAACAUCGAGGUUUCAUCGAAAAGCCUGCAGGUUUUCGGGUUUGCCGGGAGAGACACGACGAACAUCUGCUUUGGAAAUGUUCCCGAUAUCUCUUCCGUGUCCUUAAAGCUGUACUACAACGCUGAAUUGUUUGUUCUCCAAAUGCAUUCACAAUUGAAUCUUUCUAGGAUUCAAAAACUCCAGUUGUAUCUCAAGGGGAUCGAUUGGAAUAAAAGUAUGAAGUUCCCGGAAAGUUUCCCCGAAUUCAGCAACCUUGAGCAGUUGGAAUUGAUUUUUAGUGUCACCAGGCAUGGGAAUCUUCUCUGUCUAAGUUCAAUUUUAUGUGCAUCUCCCCGUCUACAAAAGUUGAGGUUGAAGUACGUGAAGGGUGUCGUAAUGGAGGCGGGCGGUGAAGGAUGGAUUGGUGAUAAGAAAUGGGAGGAACGGACAAAGUCGCAUACACAUAAAUGCCUAAAGGUUAUUGAAUUUAUUGGUUGGGUCGGGUGGAAAGAAGAUGUUCAACUCGUUAAGUAUCUGAUCAAGAGUGCCGUUUCACUUGACAAGAUUGAAUUUGAUGUCCGCAUUCCAAGGAGUAAUAAUUCUAAUUCUUGGAGUAGAGAGAUUUUUAGGGAUGGCUCCCAACAUGCUUUCCACAGUGCCAUUCCACGUAUAUUGGAACCUGCCCUAAACGGCAAAGUUAGGCGCACCACUGUGAGAGAUACCACAAGGUUGUGCGUCAUUUUGGGUGAUAAAACCUAUCUGUUACGGCUCAGUUUCCGAGAAGCCUUGAACAACGAAAUGAGUGAUCAGAAUUCAUUAGCAGUUUUCACCUUUUCACUUACCUUAACCUUUGCCUUUGGGGUUAGUAAUGGUAUUGAUCCAGCCAAGGCCUGCAUCAUAGACAUAAGAAAAUUUUCAUCUGGAAACCACUCAGAUUGUGUUGGUGGAAACUGGGAUGGAUUUUUAAGCAGUAAUUGUUGUGGGAAUUCAUUUAAGGGAUACUUAUAUGGUUUGGCAGAAAGGACUAAUAAAACUGGAAAAGUAUUUCUCAAUUCCACAGAGCAAAAUGGCUGCUUGUCAUCAAUGAAGAACAAUGAAGAAGAUGUUUUCAAUUGUGGCAUUCAGAGGCUAACAAAUGGAUUUGGUGGAUGUUCUGAUUACUCUUCCACGGAUGUUGUCGACAAGCUCGGAAACAAAUUCAACAGCUUAAAAGAAGGCUGCAAGAUGUUGGGUUCAGAUGGUGAUUCAAAUCAGUAUUGCAAUCAGUGUUUAAAGAGUUGGGAAGAAAACUUGCCUUCAACAACAAAAACUGGCACCGACUCGAGGAACAUAGAAAAACCGGAUUACUGCAGUUUUGCAGUGCUGAUUUCCGUGAUGAGCGAAAGAAGUCAUGAAGAUCAAUGGUUCCAGGCGAUUUAUAGUUGUCUUGGAGAUAAAAGCCUGACUGAUCAAGCAUCCUACGUUGAUAGUGGUCAAGAGAACCAUGGAGAAAAGAAGAAAAAGUUGUAUACAGAUAUGGGGAUUGUAGCUGCUAGUGCAGCUGUUCUUUUAAUCAUUGUCAUGGCUGGACUAUUGAUCAGAAAAAGAAUGAAUAAAUCUUCCUCAUCAGUGUUGAAAGUGUCAUCCAAUUUCCUUUUCAAAGAACCGAGCAGCGUAAACAUAUCGAUCAAAGAAGUUUAUGCUGCCACCAAUCAUCUCAGUGAAUCAAACUUGAUUGGCCAAGGAAUAGCUGGAAAGGUGUAUAAAGGAACUCUAUCAAAUGGUCAGCACAUUGCUGCUAAGCAUAUAAUUAACGACGGACAAAUGGACACGUUUGUACGGGAGGUGAAAAGCCUCGCCCACAUCACACAUCCGAAUCUUGUAUCCCUGAUAGGUCACUGUGAUGGAGAUGAUGAGUGUUUUCUGGUUUAUGAGCUUUGUCAGAAUGGAAACCUUUCGCAAUGGUUAUAUGGAAAAGAAAAAAACUUGUCUUGGAUCCAGAGAUUAAAAAUUGCAAUAGAUUGUGCCAGAGGCCUAUCCUUUCUCCACACAUAUCCAGAAGGACGUAUUGUUCAUCGCGAUAUCAAGCCGACAAAUAUUCUCAUCACGGCUAACUUUCAAGGAAAACUGUCAGAUUUUGGCUUAUCUAAGGUUAUGAACAUGGGACAAUCAUUUGUAAGCUCAGAAGUAAGAGGAACAUUUGGCUAUGUGGAUCCUGAGUACCAACAAAACCGCCAUGUUAAUUCCUCCGGGGAUGUGUAUAGUUUUGGAAUAGUGCUGCUACAACUUCUAUCAGGGCAGAAAGUCUUGAACAUUGAUUCAAAUAGGCCUGUACUUCUGAACAAACUGGCAAAAAAACUCAUAAGGGGUGGGAAUAUGGUGGAGUUUGCCGAUCCCAAACUAAAUGGGGAUUACUCUUAUGAAGCUUUUGAACUCGUAUGCAACUUAGCCUUAUCUUGCACCGGCCUUAAGCAGCAAAGGCCACCAAUGCCACGAGUCGUUGCGAAAUUGGAGGAGGCUCUUGAUAUUUCGACAAGAUUCGACUCUUUUUUGCCAGUAUCUUACUCUUGA